AUGCAGGAAAUGAGCCUGCAUCAUAAAGCCACGCCUGGGAAGAUGUACUCGGGAUCUGGCCAGGGAAGCAGGAGGCCCCUCGAGGGACCUCAAAGGGCCGAAGAGGCCUCCACUCGAGUGAUCACCACGGUCUUCGUCGCACUGCUUAUCGAUCUGUUGGGUUUCACGCUCAUCUUGCCUCUUCUGCCUUCCAUUCUCGAUCAUUACAGCAAGAACGAUGACGGCUUGUACAACACCUUGCAACACGGGGUGGACAGGUUUGCUGAAGCAGUUGGCGUCCCUCCGGAAAGGAAGUACAACAGUGUCUUAUUUGGAGGUCUGAUUGGCUCCAUAUUCUCCAUCCUUCAGUUUUUUGCCUCCCCCCUCACUGGGGCUGCAUCUGACCACUUUGGGAGGAGGCCCCUCAUGCUGUUGACUGUGAUGGGUCUGAUCGCAUCCUAUUCCUUGUGGGCCAUUUCCAGGAGCUUUGAGCUCUUUCUCCUCUCCAGGGUGAUCGGUGGGAUAAGCAAAGGGAACGUCAGCCUCUCCACCGCCAUCAUUGCUGAUCUGGCUUGUCCAAAAGCACGGAGCAAGGGCAUGGCAAUGAUUGGCGUGGCCUUCUCCUUGGGCUUCACCCUUGGCCCCAUGCUUGGCGCAUACCUCGCCAUGGAGACAGAGAAGGGGGAAGUCUUCUAUCUCCGCUCGGCUCUCUUUGCGGUCAUGUUUGCAGUUGCUGACCUGGCUUUCAUUUUCUUCUUGUUACCAGAGACUCUCCCCAAAGAAAAACGGGUGUCCUCUGUGACAUCUGGUUUUCAGUCCGUCGCCGGCCUGCUCAGUCCAUGGGCCUUGUUCCAGUUCUCUGCAGUAAGCCAAAGAAUGGAUCCCCCUUCAAAAAAGAAUCUCAAGAUCCUGGGGCUGGUGUAUUUCCUUUAUCUCUUCCUGUUCUCUGGUCUGGAAUACACUUUGAGUUUUCUUGUCCAUCAACACUUUCAGUUCAGCAGCAUGCAGCAGGGGAAGAUGUUUUUCUUCAUUGGGAUUACAAUGGCUAUAAUCCAGGGUGGCUACACUCGCCAAAUCAAGCUAGGAAAUGAACUCAAGACUGUAAAACGGGCGAUUCUGUUGUCAAUUCCUGCUUUCCUGUUGAUUGGCUGGAGCGGGGGCAUGGUCUGCUUGAGCGCGGGAUUGCUGCUCUACUCCUUUGCUGCCGCUGCCGUGGUUCCUUGUCUGUCUGCAGUGGUGUCAGGCUAUGGGUCAACAAGCCAGAAAGGAGCCGUGAUGGGCAUCUUAAGGAGCUUGGGGGCCCUUGCCAGAGCCACGGGACCGGUGCUAUCAGCGGCAGCCGGCGGCUCCCACUCCAACACCGCCCUCACUUUCUCAGGAUCCAUGGCCAGACCCUUGUGCGAAAUCACGUACCCCGAAAAGCCCCAGCCUCCCCCCUUACCCAUGCUGUGCCGGCCCAGCGGGGAGCCGCACCGCCUCAUCCCUCUCCGCCGCCUCAUCCCUCUCCACCGCCUCGUCCCUCUCGCUUCAGCCGCCGCUGCCGAGCUCAGGCCGGACAUGGCAGCCCCUCCAUGGGCAGGAAUGGCGGCCAGGUGCAGGCAACAGGCGAGGAGCCUCCUUCCAGCGGCCGCUUCCAAGGGGCGGCAUUUCCCUGCCCGCCCCGCUGCCCCUUCAGUGCCGACUCGGGCUCCCUGCCCGCCGGAACGAGGCAGGGGGAAACGGGUGGGGCUACAGGACGAGUGGUCUGAGGCCGAGGAAACUCUCCAGGAACAGUGA